AAUCCAAAUCCCUCUAAUCACACACUCUUUCUCUUUCUCUUUCUCUUUCCCACACAAGAGGGAUCGAACAACAACAACAACACAAACUCUACAAUCAAUCGCAUCCACCAUGCUCCGCCAGCGCCUCCUCUCAUCUCUCCGAAUCCGCGGCGGUUCAAGCACCGGUGCAAGCCGAUGGACAUCCCCAGGCCACGAAGAAACACCCAAAGGCUAUCUCUUCAACAGAACACCCCUACCUCCAGGUCAAUCUCGCAAAUGGGAAGAUUGGGAACUUCCUUGCUACAUCACUAGCUUCCUCACCAUCGUUAUCCUUGGUGUUGGUCUUAAUGCUAAGCCUGAUUUAACCAUCGAAACUUGGGCUCAUGAAAAAGCACUCGAACGUCUCAGGAUUGAAGAUGCUGCAAACGCUAAUAAUGAAUCUUCUGAAUAGAGGUUAAUUCGGAUCGGAAUCGGAAUCGGUUAGGUUAAAGAUGAAAUGUUUGGUGUAAUAAUAUGAUGGUAUAACUCCGAAUUUGAAUUUCUUUUGAAGUUUUUUUUUUUUUUACUAUGAUUUUUGCACAUGUUUGUCAAGAAGAGAUUGUUGACUCGCUUGUUAUAACUUGUUUAUGAUCUUUUUGUUUGAAUGUUAAUAAGGUAUUCCAGUUUUAUGUUA